UUGGUUACGCCAUUUUUGUUGGGGAGCAGUCGUGUUUCAGAAUAGGAGGAUUAGGCUGAGGUACAGGUACAGGAUAGAGCUCCUUGAAUAUUCACACUCCAUUUGAGUUGUCUGUUUUAACGGGGGCAGUUUCCCUGUCCGCCAGACGUGCACAAUGUCGUCAGACAACCUUGACUCGGACACACAGGCAGAAUAUGAGGACGAAAAGCAGGACUCACAGGAAAAGAAUGCAAACCCAGUGAAGGCGGAGGAGGCCAAGCUAAAGGCCAAGUACCCUGGCUUGGGCCAGAAGCCCGGUGGCUCAGACUUCCUCAUGAAGAGACUACAGAAAGGGCAAAAGUACUUCGACUCGGGCGAUUACAACAUGGCCAAAGCAAAGAUGAAGAACAAGCAGCUUCCUGUGGCAGGGCCCGACAAAAACCUGGUGACCGGUGACCACAUUCCCACGCCCCAGGAUCUGCCACAGAGAAAAUCCUCCUUGGUCACCAGUAAAUUAGCUGGCUAGCCUCUAUCACAUCAGGGCUCCCAGGAAAGUUCUCUCCUCAACUUCACCCACGUCCCCUAACACGUCACCCCUUUUCCCCUCCCUUUUCUGUCUUCCCUUUUCAUCCCUGGGCACCACUGGCUUUUACAUAUCGGGCAGAGUUGUAUAAGUUAAAACUCCAUUUGCUUGUAUGUAGUUGGGGCAGGGUAGAAGGGAGGGAGGGAGAGAGCGGGAUGGAGGUGCUUGCAACCUACGAGUUUGCAGUCUUCUCUGGCUUCCCACCACGCACAGCUCUGCCCCCUCUGUGCACUCUGCCCUGCCGCCUCCCUUAUGUCUUGGUUUUUUCUGUGUUCCAAGAUGCAUCACAGUAGGUGUGUGUCAUCAGGCAGGGGUUGGGUGAGUUAAUGCACUUUGUAUUCUGUACAGUAUAUUUUAGUCUGUCUCUUCUUUUUUGCAUCCUUAUCAACACCAAAAUAAUGUAAAUGUAAAGGAGAUUGGAACCAUGGCCGCAGCGUGUUCUUUGAUACACAUUUUCCCUUUCUCUGCCGGUGGCCUGCUGCUACAGCAGGUGUUGGAGGACUGUGUGAAUAAUUGCUUGCAUACCAAAUGUGCCAAGGCAGCUCCUAGUUAAAGAGUUGGUAAAUAGAGGCUUCCUUGUGUCUCAUCCUGCAUUUUACCCCUUGUCGAACAAAACUAGAGGUCACCUGCUACAGCUCAUCCAAAAA